UUUCUCUAAUUAUUUUAUUUUGAUUAUUAUUAUAUAUAUAAAAAGAGAAAAAUAAAAUAAUAGUAAAAUCAUGCAUGAUCAUCAUGUGUCAACAUAUAGCUAUAGCUUCCUAGCCAAACUCAUUAUAUAUAAGACCCCUCCCUUGUUUCCAAAAUCUGUUCUACAUAUAAUAAGCACACAUAAUAAUAAUAAUAUUAUCUAAGUCCCAAACUCUCUUCUCUUCUCUUCUGUGCUUUGUUAUCAAAAUUAUGGAUGGGAAGAAACUUGAGUACAAAGGCGAGGAGGCCUUGAAGGAGAUAGAAAGGCUGACAACGGAGCCUGAUAUAGUUCAGGAAAAUAUCUUGAGAGAAAUCUUGAGAAGCAACUGUGAAACUGAGUAUCUGAGUAAGUAUAUGGAUAAAGGAACGAAAGAUGAUGUUUCAAUGUUCAAGAAACGUGUCCCUGUAAUCACUUAUAAGGACAUUCGACCAUUCAUCCAAAGAAUUGCAAAUGGUGAAGACUCAUCUCUCCUUACUGGUCACCCAAUAACAGAGAUGUUAUGCAGUUCAGGGACUUCAGCUGGAGAGCCCAAAAUGAUGCCUUCCAUUGCAGAAGAUCUGGACCGUCGAACAUUCUUAUAUAACCUCAUCAUGCCGAUAAUCAAUCAGUAUGUUCCUGGUUUGGACGAAGGAAAAGCCAUGUUCCUGUACUUCGUCAAGGCUGAAAUGUCCACACCGUGUGGGCUUCCGGCACGUGCGGUUUUGACUAGCUACUACAAGAGUAAGCAUUUCAAGUGCCGAGCUUACGAUGCCUUUAGCAACUACACUAGCCCAGACCAAGUGAUUCUCUGCAACGACAGCAACCAAAGCAUGUACUGCCAGCUCCUCUCCGGCCUAGUCAACCGCCACCAAGUUCUUCGCCUCGGCGCUGUCUUCGCCUCCGCUCUCCUCCGCGCCAUUUCUUUUCUCGAGCGGAACUGGGGCAGUUUCUGCAACGACAUCCGGCUAGGCCGCCUAGACCCUUGUAUCACAGACCCCGAGUGUCGUUCGGCCAUGUCAAGUGUCGUUUCGUCCCCGAACCCGGGUCUUGCUGAGGAGAUAGAGGAGAUAUGUGGAGAACAAUCAGGUGGUUCGUGGAAGGGUGUGUUGUGUAAACUUUGGCCUAAGGCCAAGUACAUUGAGGCAGUUAUAACUGGGUCCAUGGCUCAGUAUAUUCCGGCUUUGGAGUACUACAGUGGUGGGAAGUUGCCUUUGGUUUGUACCAUGUAUGCUUCUUCUGAGUGUUACUUUGGGGUCAACUUGAAACCUCUUAGUGACCCAUCUGACGUGGCGUUCACACUUAUGCCCAAUAUGUGUUACUUUGAGUUUAUACCGUUGGGAGAUAAUGGUACACUCGUGUUGGACGUGGCUGAGGAGGAUGAGGUCCCUGUUGACAGGCUUGUUGAUUUGGUCCACGUCACACGUGGAUCUUAUUAUGAAUUGGUCGUCACCACUUUUGCUGGACUAAAUCGGUAUCGAAUAGGCGAUGUGCUACUAGUGACGGGGUUCCACAACAAAACUCCACAAUUCCAAUUCAUAUGCAGAAGGAACGUCCUCCUCAGCAUCGACAACGACAAAACCAACGAAGAGGAUUUGCACAAGAGCAUCUCUGUGGCCAAGAAGCUUCUAGAACCUCACAACACCCUUCUGGUCGAGUACACCAGCUACGCUGACACGUCACGCGUCCCUGGACACUACGUCCUCUACUGGGAACUCCUGGUGCACCACGUGUCCUCCUCCACCUCCUCAGCAUUAAUGUCGUUACUGGAAAACGACAAUAAUAAUGUGUUGGAAGAGUGUUGCAUUGCGGUGGAAGAAGAGUUGGACUAUAUUUAUCGUCGUUGUAGGACGAACGACAAGUCGGUUGGGCCUCUGGAGAUUCGAGUAGUGAAGCCCGGGUCGUUUGAGGCCCUUAUGGACCUGUUCAUUAGCCAAGGUGGUUCAAUUAACCAGUAUAAGACUCCUAGGUGCAUCAACUCUGCUAAGGCUCUCAACCUUCUUGAUUCUAAUGUCUUGGCAUCCUUUUUUAGCCCAAGAGAUCCUACCUGGAUUCCAUAAACUUUAAUUGCUGUUGUCACUCUCGAUCGAUCUAUCACUUACUUUUUUUCUUUUAAAUAUAUAUGUAUCGAAUCAUCUAAAACUUUUAGAAUAUUUUCUAAUUAAUAUAUCAAGGCAAUCUUCUUUAUUUA